UAUUGUGAGGGAAGAGGGCAGCAGAAGUGUCCGCCCGGGGGAAGCGGCUGCUACAUCCAUCGGGGCUGCAGGGAGCCAUCGGCAGGGACAAGGCGGUCACUGUCUGACAGAUUCGGAAUUUGGGGACACUUGCCUAAUUGUGAAGAGCAUAAUGGCUGAGCCAGACUACAUUGAAUCGGAUAAUCCAGAAUUAGUAAAGCCCCAUAAAUUAGUAAACCCUGUAAAGGGGUCCAGAAACCACCAGGAUCUUCACAGAGAAUUAUUAAUGAACCAAAAAAGAGGUCUCUCACCCCAGAACAAACCAGAGCUUCAGAAAGUGAUGGAAAAAAGGAAAAGAGAUCAAAUUGUCAAACAGCAAAAAGAAGAAGCUGAACAGAAAAAAACGGACUUUGAGCUAGAACUUGAGAAGCGACAUCAGAAACUGGAAGAGAUCGAAAUGGAAAAGCAUAAGACUGAAGAAGAACAGGAGAACAAGCCAGAGUUUCUCAAAGUCAAAGGCAACCUUCGUAAAAUGAAUCAGGAAAUCUCCAACGCCAACAGUUCUUAGACAUAAGGACAUAAAGGGUGUUCUUCUUCACUAUGGAAAUGCAUUUUUACUGGACUACCGAUGGGUAUUUUGUUGGAAGCUUGCCUUAAUGGAUAUUUUCAAAGUGAACAUUCAUCCCUGAAGCUUUUCGGGACUUAAUACAGCGUUAACAUCUUCCAAUAGGCUAAGACUGUUAAUUGCGGAGUGUGGAUACAGAGCUGUCAGCUGACAAAGUGGCCUUCAAAAAAAAAACCUGCUAAAUUGAUGGUUUGUUUAGAAGUGCGAAGAGCUGAGAUACAUAGGUCUAUUAUAUUGGCAUUCUUUGCAUCAGUUAUGUUUUUAAGCUCGUUUUUGCAGGGUUAUGUCUUGUCUUAAUGUCUUGAAUAUAAUUUUUUUAUGCUAAGGGAAAGUCCAGAAAGCAGUCUGGUAUAAGGUUAAAAAUCCCUGCGCCUUUACCCACCCAUACCCUUAAGUGUUCACAAGAUUGAGGUAGAUCUGCUACACUGGCUUCAUACAGAAGGUGUGGAAGUAUAUGGCUAUGACUCACGUUGCAGUAUAUAGAGUGGUGGUUUCACCUUCUGAACAUUACCUUGGAGAAAUAAAGGGCAUCAUGAUUUCUUUUUAAUAAACUAUUUUUUCAUAUGUAGUUUUUGUGAUGUCCAUUUUUCUUUCUUUUUUUUUUCUUUAUUAAUCAUCUUUUACCUGGCCAAAUGGUGGUGGUAGUGCAGAACUUGUCAGGAGUCUCCUACCAUUCUAUACCCCAGAGCACUUAUGUCAGCACCAACCCUAGAUGUUGUACCUCUUCAGUCAAGCGUUAUGUAAGUCUCCUCACAGGCAGUAUCACUUGAUCAUUAUUUUGCAUUGUUUCUUUCAUGCUAGAAUGAAAUAUACAUGACUGGGUCAGGGUUGUAAAUAUUAGUUAUAUAGUAGUUGUUAGAUUGAGAGAAUGUGUAUGCAAGUCUUUCAUUCCCAAACCAUGUUAGGCCUCUGGUCUGGACAUCAUGAUUUCUACUUUAAAAUGGUCACUGACUUAAUGGGAUCCAUCAGGUUUCUAUAUUUUCUGAAGCCUUCAUUAUUCUGCUUGAACAGAAUCCUGGAAACCGACAUUAAAGGGGUUUUCCAAGAGUUAAUAUUAAUCAGCUGUUUGAAGAGGCCGUGGCACUCCAGUGCCAGUGACGUCACGUUCAUCAGUCACAUGUCCUGUGUGCAGCCCAGUCCCAUUCGGGUGAAUGUGCCUGGGCUCCAAUGCCAAGCACAGGCACUGUGAGGCAAACUGAUUGGUGGGGGAACCGAGUGUCAGAUACCCACCGAACACAUAUUGAUGUCCUAUUCUGAGGAUAAGCCAUCAAUUUUAAACUUAUGGAAAAUCCUUUUAAUGCCAGUGCGAACAGAGGUUAACCAACUUAAAAAAAAAAAGUGUGCAAAUAUUCUAAAAUAAAAAGAAACUGUACUUACCGUUUUUUUUUUUUUUUUCCCUUGAUGAUCCAGCACUGGAAGUCCUCCCAGUCUUUGUUUACAAGUGGCCAGCAUAUGACUGCUGCAGCCAAUCAGUGGCCGCAGUGAUUACAUGCCACACUGCUGGCAUAAAGGGGCAGCACUGAGCAGUGAUUACAGAAUAGUACCACAUGUGAUUGCUCUGGCGACUGGCUACUUGUUAACGAAGACCGUCAGGACUGCAGGAGUAGUGACGCUGGAUCGCCGUGGGAAAGAAGAGGUGAGUACAGUUUCUUUUUUUGAUUUAUAACUUUUUUUUUUCUUUUUUAGACAUCAGAUAACCUCUCUUAAAACAGAGGGCCUCAUUUAUCAAAAGUGUCUAGCAGCCAAUCAGAGCUCCCCUUUAAUUUCAUAAAGGGGUAUUCCCAUCUUGAACAUUGGGGGCAUUUUGCUAGGAUAUACCCAGACCUUCUGAUAGGUGUGGGUCCGCACCUUUACUUAGAGCAGAGCCCACAGAGCCAUUAAUUUCUAUGGGACUGCCGAAAAUAGCCGAGUGCUGGCUAAGCUAUUUCUGUAAGCCUCAUAGAAGUGAAUGGAGCGCUGUCCGCGCUUGCGCUGUGCAUUGCCUGUUCAUUUCAACGGGACUUCCGAAAAAAGCAGAGCACACUGUUUGGCUAUUUUCAGCAUUCACAUAGAAAUUAGUUGAGGGCGGCCGCGCAUGCGCGGAGUGGGCUACAUUUUAAGCAUAGAUGUGAGUCCCACCUAUCAGAAAUUGAAGCUUAGCGAUGUGCCCCCAAUGUCCAAGAUGGGAAUACCCCUCUGAUUAGUUGCUAUGGGCAACAAAGGCGGCUUUUCUGUUUUGAUAAGUGAGGCCUAUAGAUUUUUUUAUUUUAAAGGAAAUUGUACAGUAAUGCCAAAAAAUAGUUUUUUUUUAUUGUUUUGUUUUCAACCAGCAUUGGUGCAUUAGUGAGAAACGAGCAUCCUUGUCAUCUUGUUCAUCUACAGAAGUGGUAGAAUCUCUUAUCGUAAUUAACUACAGGUCUGACAGUGUCUUCUAUCUAGUCUAAAUGUAAUUUGCAUAUAGACGAUGCAGGUUUUUGGAUUUCCAAUGAAUAUUUAAAGGCAAGUGGCUAAUCCAUGCGGUCAACAGAAACUCAUUUCUGCCUUGUUGAUAUUCUAAACGGACACAACUCUUGUGGUUCACCAUAACUGACGGGGCCUACUUGGGUUGAAAGACCUUCUAACACAAGUGAAUUGCUAGCUGGCCGAACUGUGGCUUGUACCUGCUUUCAUACUAGUUAUUCAGCUCUAUUUAUACUGCUAGUUUUGAUGGAGGCUACCAUACUUUACCGGUUGGGCUUUUCUUGUUUGGUUUGUAGAGUGAUGACUUGAACAAGCUUGGUUACACUGCUGGUAAUGGGUCAUCCUUUUUUUCCUUUCUUUUCUAAGGGCAGUGGGCAGCCAACUUCACAUGUCUUCAUGUGCCAUAGGAUCUGGGAGUACAUUGUCCGUAUUUGUUUCAGAGAGGCAGUCUACAUUUUCUGUAACUUACUGUGCCAUUUGGAGUAAGGAGAACAUUUUCUAUUUUGUACGUGUUUUGCCUAUUAUUUUAUACUUUAAGCUCAGAAUUGACUCCUUUUCAUUAGAUGUGUCAUUAAGAGGUCGUAUUGGGUGCGUGUACAGUGUUCCUGACCACCUGGCUCACUUCUCACUUCCUGAAUAUACUUCUUAGGCUACUUUCACACUAGCAUUUUCUGGUAUUGAGAUCCGCCAUAGGGGCUCAAUACCGGAAAAAAAACGCUUCAGUUUUGUCCCCAUUCAUUGUCAAUGGGGACAA